GUCAACGAUGUUAUAAAAUUAAACAUAUUUUAUUUGUUUAUGUUUAUAGUAAUUAAAGUCAAUAACCUUUGGCUGAGAUUAAUACGCAGGAAACAAAAAAAAGAGCUGGACGUGCAAAUCAUGACUAAGUGUAGCCACCAUUUGCCACCAAACGUGCAGUCCAUGCUUACUCACUGUAUAAGUAUCCAUCAUCUCUUUAGCCUUAAGACUUAGCCAUUUGUCGUUUAUCUUCUUACUAAUUAACAUUUCAGCCCGGAAAAAACCGACAAUGGCCACUGCAGUUCUCAUGCCAAGGCUUAGCUUCAGAGACGAGAAUAGUCAUGAAGAUUGGCAAGUUCUAAGCAGAGACGAGCCGAAGAAGAAGAUCAUGGUCAAGCAAACGAGUAUGAUGCAUUCCGAGAGAGAGAUAUCGAUGGACCCGAAAUCAAUCAAGUCUCUGUCUCUAUCACCGUCCUUGAGAAGAAACGAUAGCUUCGACAUGAUUCUGUUACCGGCGAUGUCACCUCCUAGAGACUUAGAUGCGCCUAUGCCUCUUCCGUUGCAGCCAGUUCGGACCAAGUUUGUGAGCCGUAGCCUCCCAAACUCAACAGCUACUUCUCCUAAACAACGAUCGGGUCAGAUGCGGUCAAUCAAAAGCAAGGAACAAGACUCGUCUUCAUUCAGGAGAAGCAAAUCUUGUGGAGCUACGAGCAAGAGACUCUCUCUUAAGACCAGCGGAAUCAGAAACUCUUUCUUCCUCAAAACCGAAUCGAACAAGAGCAUCAACAACAACAAUACAUUAGAAGACGGAUUCAAAUGCAAUGCUCUGUGUUUAUACCUCCCCGGUUUUGGUAAAGGUAAACCGGUCAGAUCAUCAAGGAAAGACGAUUCUUCUUCCUUCACCAGAACCACCACGAUGACGACAUCGUCAUCAUCGUCAGUUACCGUUUCAAGAACCGUCUCCGUGAGAGAAACCACCACGACGACCACAGUGAUCUCAGCUCGAGCUUCGAUGGAGAAAUUCGAUUGUGGCUCGUACACUUCGGAAUCUGGAGGAGACGAAGGAGGAGGUCACUUAUUUGACUUACCGUCCGAGCUAAUCAAAAGCGGUUCCGGUGAGAACGACCAAGACGAUCCGGUUUCAUCAGCUUUCGUGUUCGACAAGGAACCUAUUGAGAAAGAGAUCAAAGGGGUUUUAAAGAUUUCUGGUUCGAAAAACAGAAAAUCGAUGGAGUCUUCGCUACGUCACGUUCGAUUCUCAACGUCAUCGCCGGUUUCAUACCCGACGUCUCCGGCGAUCUCUCCACGGUUGCUAGAAGCCACCAAGAAUUUCAAUGCUUUCUUGGACGCUCAAGCCAUUUGAAUAAUGACCGAGUUUAAUUAACAGUUUAAACUUUAACUAUAAUACUACGGUGUAAUA